CUCAUAUGAACAGCUGGACACAAGGACAUACAAUGUUUGCGUUGGUCAUUUGUUUCCUGGGUUUUCUCCAUAUGAGCGCUGCCUGUAGCAUGGUGAGCGUCUGCACGGAGCUGUCGUCUGUCCAGCAGGAGAUUGUGGAUGUGCACAAUGCUUUCCGCAGGGCAGUGCAGCCGUCAGCCAGUAACAUGCUGAAAAUGAGCUGGAGUGAUGCAGUGGCUGAGUCGGCUCGAGGAUGGAUUAAUAAGUGUAACAUGACACACGGACCACCAAGCAGCCGCAUGCUCAACGGAUAUGAAAUGGGUGAAAACCUCUUCAAGGCCACUGGGAUUAGUUCAUGGACAUCAGUGGUAGAUGCCUGGCAUAGUGAAGUCAACAAUUAUAAAUAUCCCAUCGGAUCCAUCAAUGGUCACGCGACUGGACAUUAUACACAGGUGGUGUGGUACAGCUCGUAUGAAGUCGGCUGUGCUGUAACUCCUUGUGGAAGCAACUACUUCUAUGGAUGUCAUUACUACCGCGCAGGGAAUUUCAGAACAGUGCCGCCAUAUUCACUGGGCUCUCCGUGUGCCUCCUGUCCAAACAACUGUGAAGACAAUCUGUGCACUAAUCCCUGUCCGUACAUCAACAGUUACGUGAACUGUGAUGCUCUGAAAGCAAAAGCCUCUUGCGAAAAUGCCGCAGUGAAGCUAGGAUGUCCAGCCAGUUGUUUGUGUGACAACAAAAUCAUCCCUAUUGCUAAAAAAUGAAAUCUUCCAUAACCGCACAUCUAUUCGAUUAUGUCUUUGCUAUGAUAUGAACUAUAUAGUCAUUCUGUUUCUGCUCCUUCAAUGUGGAAUACCUCAAAUACUGUAUGAUUUACAAACGCAAUAGGGUACUGUACUUUCAUCAUGUCAUGGAAAAGGCCAGUCUGCAUUGUUUUGCAUUAUUACCUCAACCUUUUUGUUUUCAGUAAAGCUUCUACAAUCACA